GCUCAGCAUGUGUAUGUUUGCAAGCUCCAAGAGCCCAUGUGGAAGAGGCCUUAGAAAAGGGACGUGGGUGGAGCAAAAAGCAUUGUUCAAGGUGCAGGCGCUGCUCCUGUUUGCACUCUUCAAGGGAUGGAGUGCCUUCGCUGGUUGUCAAGGCCCGCAGAGAUCCUGCCGUCCUUGGUUGCAACCGAGGCAUAGCUGCUGUGUGCAGCUGAAUGCAGGUGACGGUGACCAUCCUGGCCGAGUGGUUUUUCUGGGAUCACCAAGUUGUGUAGAGGUCGUUCUACAGCGUCUUGUAGAGUCACAAGGGCAUGACUUCGAGGUCUGCGCUGUGGUCUCAAGGCCUCCCAAGCGAGUCAAGAAGGCAGUCAGUAAGACAGCGGUGCACGAUCUGGCAGAGAAGCUAGGUGUUCCUUGCGUGCUGACACCUCCCUCAGCCAAGGAUCCAGGUUUUCUGGAAGAGUUAGAGUCACUCAAACCAGAUGUUUGUGUGACAGCAGCGUACGGCGAAUACCUUCCUCGACGCUUUUUGCAGACCCCGCGCCUUGGCACGGUGAAUUUGCAUCCCUCUUUGCUUCCAAGAUGGAGAGGCGCAUCGCCUGUGCAGCGUUGCUUGGUGGCUGGCGAUACUGAGACGGGCAUCACGAUCCUGUACACUGUGCCAAAAAUGGAUGCUGGGCCUAUUAUCGUACAGAAGAAGAUGUCCUUACAAGGUUCAGAAACGUCCCCUGACCUGCUGGACAAGCUGUUUGCGUGGGGCGCUGAUUUGCUAGUGGAUCAGGUCAUACCCAAACUUCUUAGUGGCGAGGAAAAGAAAGAGGAUUGCAGGAUGAAAGAGAUGGAAAACAAGAUGGAGGUCACCAUGGACACAGCCCAAGUUCAGGAUGAGGCGCUGGUGGAGAAGGCUCCAAUCAUUACGAAGGAAGAGGGAAGACUGUGGCCACACAACGAAACUGCCAUGCAGAUGCGGGACAAGGUUCGAGGCUAUGCCGGCUGGCCUGGCACAACCCUGCCAGUAGCUUGCUCUGGCUCAACUGCACCUCUUGAAGGUGUACGCAUCAAGGUGGCUGAUGCUGAGAUUGUCCCUAUUGAUAGCGUCUCAAGCUUCAUCAGCUCCCAUGCCCCAGAUGAGGAGCUGUUUUUCAUCCCGGAGGUGAACGGACGAGCAGCAGUGGGGCUGCGGCCCGCAUGUGACAAAGUAAACGCCUUGUUGCUUCGAUCCUUUCACAUUCCUGGAAAAAAACAUGAGGUUCCAGCGGAGACAUUCAAGAAAGGAUACAUGAGCUUUCAACCUGCGAAAUGGAUCACGCCCGAAGAAGAAGCAGCCAUGGUAACAACAUCGUCAGGAGGCACUAAAAAGAAGCGGAAGAGGACACGAGGGCCUAGGCAGUAGGCGCAGGUGUCCUGUGAUUCAAGCAGCGCAGCACCAGAG